GCGGGUGUGGGGGGGUUGCUGCUUGGGAAAUGAAGACACCACCCUUGCGGCGGCUACAUUGAGCUGUUGAACUCCCCGGUGGCCCUGGAGUUGGCGGGUUUCCGGCCGGAGGCCAUUAGAUGGGACGCCCGGAAGGCGGAAGUGCCCGGCCGGAAGUGCUCGUGUAGAGCAGAGAAUGGCGGCUGGAGGCUGGAUUUGGCGCUGGGGCUGGGGCCGGCGGUGCCCGGGGAAGCCUGGGCUUCCCGGCCCCGGCCCUGGCCCCGUUCCAUCCCUGCUGCUGCUUCUCCUGUCGCUGGGGCCGGUGGCUGCAGACAUAACCGACGGCAACAGCGAACACCUCAAGCGGGAGCACUCGCUCAUCAAGCCCUACCAAGGGGUCGGCUCCAGCGCCAUGCCCCUGUGGGACUUCCAGGGCAGCACGAUGCUCACGAGCCAGUACGUGCGGCUGACCCCCGACGAGCGCAGCAAGGAGGGCUCCAUCUGGAACCGCCAGCCCUGCUUCCUCAAGGACUGGGAGAUGCAUGUGCACUUCAAAGUCCAUGGCACGGGCAAGAAGAACUUGCACGGGGACGGCAUCGCCCUUUGGUACACGCGAGACCGCCUGGUGCCAGGGCCCGUGUUCGGGAGCAAAGACAACUUCCACGGCCUGGCCAUCUUCCUGGACACAUACCCCAACGAUGAGACCACCGAGCGCGUGUUCCCCUACAUCUCGGGCAUGGUGAACAACGGCUCGCUGUCCUACGAGCACAGCCGGGACGGCCGUGCCACCGAGCUGGCGGGCUGCACGGCCGACUUCCGCAACCGCGAGCACGACACCUUCCUGGCCGUGCGCUACUCGCGGGGGCGCCUGACGGUGAUGACCGACCUGGAGGACAAGAACCAGUGGAAGAACUGCUUCGACGUCACCGGGGUGCGCCUUCCCACCGGCUACUAUUUCGGAGCCUCUGCUGGCACUGGAGACCUGUCGGACAAUCACGACCUCAUCUCGGUGAAGCUGUUCCAGCUGAUGGUGGAGCACACGCCCGACGAGGAGAGCAUCGACUGGACCAAGAUCGAGCCCAGCGUCAGCUUCCUCAAGUCGCCCAAAGACAACGUGGAUGACCCGACGGGGAACUUCCGCAGCGGGCCCCUGACCGGGUGGCGGGUCUUCCUGCUGCUGCUGUGCGCGCUGCUGGGCAUCAUCGUGUGCGCCGUGGUGGGUGCCGUGGUCUUCCAGAAGCGGCAGGAGCGGAACAAGCGUUUCUACUGAGCCCAGCGCGCGCGUGCGUGCGUGCGUGCACCCGCCUGCCGGAAGUUGGGGUUGUUUCCGUUUUGAUUUUCAAACCUGGGAUUGUAAACGACCCCCGAGCAGCCCGCCCGCCCGCCCGCCCGCCCGCCCUUCCGCCCGCCUUUCCGCCCGCCUUUCGUAACCCGUUUCAAAGAAAUCAUUAAAGUAUUUUCUUACACUUGGCUUCUUGCCCGCCAGGGGCUGCAGGGCGGAGACGGAGGGGUGCAGGGGGGAGCCAGGAGCAGCGGCGGCACGGGGCGGUACAGGCGCCCGGAAACUAUGGGAGUCGGUGGCCGGAGCUGGCCGAGGGCCCCCACAGGCGCUGGCAACACUGGAGCCCCCCCGCCCCCCCACCUCUUCCGAGGAUGCUACAGAGCGUGAGGUGCGGGCACGGACAGAGCAGCAGGGGAGAGUCAGGCCGACCCCCGCUCCCCUCGGACCUCCCUUCCACGAGCCGGACCCCCCCUGCAGGAGUGCAGCGGGCCCCGCGUAGUGGCGUGUGCGUGUUUGCCCAAUAAAGAACUACCAAACUCCA